AUGAAAUUUUCUAUUGAAUCUUUUAAUUUACAACACAAACUGACUUUAAUCGAACAACCGCUAUUUGAUCAAACAAGCAAUUCUGAUGUAUAUGACAGAAUUUUAAAAAAUAGUAUAUUGGGUACAAGACUAGUGAAAAAAGCUGUUAUAUGCAAUCGUCGAUCAGGUGCCAUAAAUGCUUAUGGACCAGAGGAUUUUACACCAUCGAUUGAACAAAUUAAUAAAUUUAUGAUAUUAGCACAGGCUGAACGAGCAGAUCGUGUAAUUAUAGAUAAACACUUUCAUAUAGCUAUGGAUUCUUGUUUAUAUAAAGAUGUAGAUGAUGAAACUGGUGUACUUUUAGCGGAUAUAAUUCAAUAUUAUACAAGACCAAAUACAAAUGAAUAUAAUAUUGGUAAAUAUGAAUUAUGUGGUUUAUUAACAAAAAAUUCUUUAUUAAUUGCAAUCUAUGAAAUUGGUAAUCGAACUAAUGAUGCAAAACAAUUAUUAAUUGAAAUGCGAGAUUAUUUUGAUGCUCAAGGAAUGUAA